ACCGAGUACUGAUGACACAGAGAGUGGGACUUUGUUCUCAGUGCGCUAUAAAAGCAGGUUCAGAGGCGGUCCGGAACAUCAGUCCAUCUUUGCUGUCCUCGGAUUAAGUCUCACUCUUCUCUAACAAAGCUCUUCCGCAGAUUGUCUCCACACAAUGGCGGCGUACAUGUGGCUGGUUUGUCUGUGUGUGGGUCUGGUGGCCGGACAGAUGAUGACGACAGACAGUGGCGUCACGGACGGUGGGAUGACGGACGACGGGAGCACGGACAAUUUAGCCGGACAAACGGACGCGGUGGAGGUUCCGGACACCACGGUGGCGACAGAGGAGAACACCACUACAACCUCGACCCCUGCCCCCACUGAAGCUUGUUAUGAUGUACUUGGUCGGGACUGCUUCCGGUACAAGGACACGGAUUGUGUGGGACCGUUUGAGACCUGGGCCAGGGCCAACUGUAGUCUGAGAUGUGGAUAUUGCCCGCAGAAGCUGCCGUGUGAGGACGACCUAAACUACUGUAAUGAGUUCGGUAAAGAAGUCUGCAACCAGGAGCAGUACGGACAAUACAUGAGGGAGCACUGUAGGAAGUUCUGUAACUUCUGUAAAGCUCCCACAGAGUACCUCGUAUCGAGCACACUUCCGACAACCACCCCUGAGCCAACAACAACUACCACAGCCUAUAACCCAGCUUCUGAGUGGUGUAGAGAUAACUCAACGCUGAACUGCUGGUACUACCCUGACGAGAAGUGUGUAGGAGCUUACGAGGGUUGGGCCAGAGUCUACUGUCCUUAUAGAUGUGGAUACUGUCCAAAUUUCCAUCCACCCUGUGAGGACUUGGAUUCCAACUGUGCCGCUUUUAGAAAUGGUUCUUGUACAGACACAAGGUACCGGGCCUACAUGAGAGAACACUGCAGGAGCCAUUGCAAUGAAUGUACCUACCCUGGACAAAACCUGACGCCCAUCUCCCCAUUCACCCCCAUCUUCAUAAGCACCACCCCCGCCGCCUCCACCACUGUCGACAUCCCCUCCAUGGGACCCUCGGGCGGACCCCCGCCCGUGGAACCCACACUCGCCACCUCUGGACCAGGGUCCUCUACCUCUCUGGCGCUGCCGACGGGAGAAGAUUGUAAAGAUGCCAUGGAUUGUUCGACCUACUCAUCAGAAUCCUGUGUUGGAGUCUUUAAAACUUGGGCCAUUAAAAACUGCCCUCGUACCUGUGGCUAUUGUACAGGUGCCACUGACUGUAUGGAUUACGAGGAAUGUGACAAGCUACCUGAAGAUGUCUGUUCUAACCCGACCUACCGCAGCAUCGCCGAGACCUCCUGCCGAAAGUUCUGUAAACUGUGCACAGUCGCACUAGCCCCCACCAAGCCAGUGGUAACAGGAACCACCGAGGCGAUGAUGGUCCCCACCAAGGCUCCAGUGUCAGAGUCCGCGACGGGGGACCAGACCGACCAAGCCACCACCGAGGCCGUCUCCAUGGAGCCCAGUCAGGCGGGGUCAGAACAGCCGUCAUCAGAGGUCGUAUCCAUGCCAACCAAACCAGCGGCGUCUGUUGCCACGACAACAAGUGGAAAAACCCACCACCCUCAUCCCUCUCAUGAAGCCCACACCCCUAAACCGCACGGACACGGACACACCCAGUUCACGCUGUUCCCUCCCAUCCCCACGGGCGACGCUUGCAAGGACAACCCCACAGCUAACUGUUCGCAGUACUCCCAGAAGUCGUGUGAGGGGGCGUAUAAGGCGUGGUCCAUUGUUAACUGUCCCGUCCACUGCGGAUAUUGUGGGGUGAAAUGCGACAAAAACUUCCAGAUAGCUAUCCCAUCAUGCUGUAGCGACCUCUGUUCCUGUCCAGACACUAAACUCUCGGGAACCGUUCGGGACGCCUCAGCGAGUAACGCUCCAAUGGCGAACGUCAGCGUGUACCUGCGCGAUUGCCAAUGCGAGGCUUUGACGACGACAGACGAGAAUGGCGACUUCCUGAUCAAGGGCGUGUGUGUGAAGGAGGGCGACCUUGCCAAGUUCGAGUUUCCCGGAUACGCGUCCUUCCUCAGUUCUAAUAUUACAAACCCCAAUAAUGACGGCAACUUCAUCGCUAAUGGAGAAAUGUCACCUUUAGUCGAAACUACAACAAUAGCGACGUCACAAGAGGCGAAAUAGAAUAAAAGACUGUAGUUUAUACUUUUGUUGCGAAUUACACACACUGUUAAAAUUGAUUCAUAGAUAACUUUGAACGUUUAUUGAAAUGUGAGUUCGGUAUAUCGUAAUGACUGAAUAUUUGUUCCAUGCUAGCAUACAUUUUUCAGGAGUCAUUUGGCGCCAUUCUAUAGCUCAUCACACCUGUAACUUGCGUAAAGCAUCGUUUUGAUAAAACACUAGUCAAUCUAAACUGUUUUCGUUCAUUAAUCAUUUAAAAACUGAUGUGAUAUACUUCUGAUGAAAGAGAUGCUUUCCAAAUUAAAAAUUUUGUAAAAUACAUGCACAAGUAAAUUCAACGAUAUGCUUCUCAUGCUUCUUGCGGACUGUGUCAACCGACCAGUAGAUGUUUUCGUUAUAUAGUAACCAUGGUAACUGUUGUUCCUUAUUUAGAUGUUCAAAGUGACGCAUUUGAUAUAGCUUUAUAGUGAUAAACACUUGCAAUUUGUUGUUAAUAUAGUGAAGUCUUACAUAUCAUAAUUGUAUAUUUCUGUAUAUAUAUAAUUCCACGAGGAUGUAUUCGUACGCAGCCCUCGGCGGAGCUACUUGUAUGUAAUGCGGCCUGUUUCUUCACGUGAAUAAAUGUCGAUCUACUUUUGUUUAAUAAAUGGAGGAAAAAAUAUCAAAAGUCUGUCUUGUCUAUGAAGAUUGUUCCAAAAAAUUGUUUUUAAAGACAAGGUUAAAUAAUUUGAAGUGCAAGUAACUCCACAGUCUUCAUCAUAUAUGGUCACAUAAACCAACAAUACUUACAUUGUAUAUAAUAAUUUUCAUAUUUAUUAAUUUAUAAUAAGUACACAGUAAGUAUAUCAUUACAAAAAACACAUUUAUAAAUUUGUAGACAGAGACAGGAAUACAAUACACAAUUAUAAUCUCAAUUGUAACUCCUCGGGCCUUACCGGCAGAGCUGGAAAAAACCCGAGAAGUUACGAUCGACAAUAAACUAGAAGAGAAAAAAAUAAUUACCCAAGUUGAUCUUCAAAAUAUCAAGUAUGAAAUGAAUGUAGAAUGAACCCGAAUAAAUGUAGCUCUAAUAUAUAUAAUGAUAUAAAAGUUUCACAUUAGACCAGUACUUAUACUGACAUGUUGAUUACACACAUAACUCUAAGUAUUAAUCCUUAGUAUUCCUUUAAAUUAAUUGUCUAUUUUGUCACCUGUAUCACCAUGGAACUCUACCAACCGGGUUUUGACCAUUGGUCCUGGGCUAAUUAUUAAGGUAUACGACCGCUGAAAUAGGAAGCGGGUCUGUUGCUAAUUAAAAAUUAAAAAAAUACAAGCAGUCUAGUUGAGCCCCUUUAAUUGAUAAAUAAAUAAUUGCCAGAGUUUUGUCCCUUUGAUGGAUAAAUAAUCGCCCGAGUUUUGUUCCUUUGAUGGAUAAAUAAUCGCCCGAGUUUUGUACCUUUGAUGGAUAAAUAAUCGCCCGAGUUUUGUUCCUUUGAUGGAUAAAUAAUCGCCCGAGUUUUGUCACUUUGAUGGAUAAAUAAUUGCCCGAGUUUUGUCCCUUUGAUGGAUAAAUAAUCGCCCGAGUUUUGUCCCUUUGAUGGAUAAAAAGUUGUCCGAGUUGUUCAUUGGACAGAUAUCAGAGUUCUGUCCCUUUGACAGAUAAAUAGCUGUCUGGGUUUAUUUCCUUGACAGAUACGAGUUUUGUCCCUUUGACAGAUGAGUAGUUGACCAAGUUUUGUUCCUGUAGACAUACAGCUAUGAACAAGUCACUCUUGUUUAAAGGUGCAGCAUAUCGAUAUACGAUCACAAACAUUCAAAAGACCCAGAAAAAAGAUAAAUACAUCUGUUACAUAGCAAAGUUAAAAGUCAAAGAUUUCCAAACUUGAUUGUUAUCAUUGAUUUCAAUUAGAAAUCUUUGAUGUUAAACUUUUAAAUCAACUCAUCCAUUGCUACUACAAAUAACAGAAAAAUGUAAAGAUGGUAUGGGAAACUUCCAUAUUGUGACGUACUGUUUAUCAAAAUAAACAAUAAAAUCAAGACUUAGUGUAAUUUUAUAAACAGAUUCUUCCCGAAAAAGAUCACUAACAGCGUAGCACAGUGGGUUUGAGGGUUCACUUUGAAUCUAUAAGUAAAGAGUUUGAACCCCGCUGGUGUUUUUAAAAUUAAAGUCUUAUGCCUUUCCAAAUAAAUUUAAAACAUAUUUUUGGGCUCAAUAUUGUUAAAUUUAAAAAUUCUACACCGGUGAAAGUAUUUUAAAUAUAAUGUACUUUGAUCCACAUUAUUAUCAAAAGAUGACCCAUACCACCAUUAAAAUACAUGUAAUAAAGCUGCACCAAACCAAAAAAAA